UGGGUUACGUUCUUUCUGAUAGGCGUGGUACCAAAUCUUGGACAAACAGAUGGCCGAGUGGAAACGGAAGUAGAUGAAGAGAGGGACACACAGGUGGAGCAUGAUGUUCCAGGGCAGAAUGCCAUAGAACUCCAGGUGGAAGGGCACCACCAUGGUCUUUUUGAUCUCAAACAUGCUGACCACCCAAAGUGCCAGGUUGCAGACCAGCAAGAA